AUGGCCAGCGACCUCCCACCCCGCUUUGCAACGGACCUCGAAGAAAGCCUGAACCUCAGGGUUCCCACGGCGGCCUCUGACGACCAACGCAGUACCACCAGCACCACAGCUUCAGGCCAGGCACGCCCGCGUCAAUGGGACGACCCGCCGGACGACGAGGGCGAGGGCGGGCCGGGAGCUGGUGCAGCGUCCCCGGCAGCCCGCGAGAACAUCACGACCAUGGUAUUCGUCCUGGUGGGCCAGGUGCGCUCCUCCCACGACGCAGAAAUCAUGCAGCUGACGUACGCGUCGGCCAAUGAUGCGCACCUGGUGGCCAUGGUGCCCAAGUCGGUCAACGCGCGCAACAUGGACAACAAGGCCGGGCCGUACGGGGUGAUGAUGUGGUCGGCGACCACGGGCCAGCGGGUACUCACGGUAACCGGGAUAUCCGGGACCCGAAGCGGCCUGCGGCUGGCGCGCGGCGGGUUUGCGGUGAAACCCGUAAGCGCGGGUGGGGCGAAUCCCGUGGUGGCGUGUCCCUUCUAUGUACCGAUGGCGCCGCAGUCGACGCCGGAGAUGUAUACGAUGUGGACGCCGCGGGUGGAGGCGUUUGAUCUGGGCCGGCGCGAGCGGUUGUUCAAGCAGGACGUGGCCGUCCGGGCGCCGCUGGCGUAUAGUCCGGACGGGCAGUUGUUGGCCGGGGUGUCGGAGCGUGACCCGACCCGGGUGAUGGUGAUCAAGGUGCCACCGGGAGAAAACUCGAGUCCCUACGCGUCAAUACCCAGGAUCGUGCGGAUCGUGAUGUCGCACCUGGACGAGGUCACCAAGGUGGCGUUCCUGCCUGCCGGAGCAGGGGCGACAGGAGGAGCACGGGCGUUGGUCAGCGCGGGCAAGGACGGACAGGUGCGGGUGACAGAUAUCGACUCCGGGCGGACGCUCAAGAAGGUGGAGGUGCUGGUGGCGGGGGCGCGGUUUCCGGCGAGUAUCCUGCAGGUGUCGUCGGACGGGACGCUGGUGGUAACGGUCUGGGGCCGCGACGUGGUGCUGUGGUAUCUUGACACGGGCCGGGUGCACACGUACAACCUAGACGCGGUGCGGGUGAACGAAGGGUGGCCGAUGGCGGUCUCGCCGGACGGUCGGUACCUGAUGUGCCGGAACGAGGAAGGGUUCGAUGUGAUGGAGGUGCAGACGGGCAAGUUCCGCGGGGAGUUUGCGGUGUCGCGGCAGCCCAUCACGUCGGCGGCGUUCAACAGCACGGGUACUCGGCUGGCGACGGGGGACUAUGCGGGGAAUUUGCAGAUUUACGAGAUCGUCACCUCGGAGGUGUAG